AUGGUUGAGCCUCUUGCAUCUCUCAUUUUCAAGAAUUUCAACAUUGACCUAGAAUGUGUAUCUAUUAUUACCUACUCUACCGACGAUUAUCGAGGAUCACUCCAUCCAGCACAUCCCAGAUGGCCGAGCAUGCAAGAUCCGCAGAUUCGGACAUGUCUGAAACCCCGGUUUGUGCGAUGCCCAGUGGAGCAUAGUAUCGCUCGGAGAACGGCUUAA